AUGUCUCGUAAAUAUCGUCGUGACGAAAAACCUUCGUCUCUUUCUCAUCAGGACAAAGCUAAAAUGGUCAUUCGGCAAGCAUUUAAUAAACCAUCAAAUACUUCGGAUGAACCAAAGUCAAGUUUUAAUUUUCAUCUCUAUCAAGAUGAUAGACAAGAUCGUAUUAAUCAAAUAGCUGAUGAUGAAGAUGGAGAUUUAUUGGUUGAACGACCAAUAUCAUCAAAUUAUACUGAAAAAACGUCAAGAAUAAUUGAAGCUAAUGAUCGACGUCAUGAUGCUAUUAUAUUCGGUGAUAAGACGACAGAAGAACAACAAAAAAGUCAACUAUGGAAUAGUUUUAAACAAUCAUCAAAAUAUUCGACAACAUCGUUAGCUGGUCCUUUAUUACUUGAAGAUUAUGAAACGAAACGAUUGCGAUGGAAAAAUAAAAUCCGUGACGUAUGGAUUCAACGUUAUGGCAUUCAAACAACAAUCAAUACUAACGAUAUGGAUAGCGAUUGA